AUGAAGGUGAUUCAACGUGUUCAUCUAGCGGAUGAAAUAGAACGAGUGAUAUCCAACCAACCAUGCAAGCGUGUUGCAAAUCUACGGCCAUUCUACGAGGAUGGACUACUCCGCGUUGGUGGACGACUAUAUCGUUCUAAUUUACCAUUUGCGUCGAAGCACCAGAUUAUCCUUCCCGAUAAGGACGAACUCACAAAGAAACUCAUUCGAAGCAUGCAUGUCGAGCUGCUACACAUUGGUCAAGCAGGACUCAUCAGUGCUCUGCGUCAACGGUAUUGGUUGCUGAAUUCACGGUCUACUGUCCGGCAAGUAACUCGCCAGUGUGUGAAAUGCUUCCGUACCAACCCAAUCGGAACGACACAGCUGAUGGGAAACCUUCCAAAAUCUAGAUUUGUACCAUCGCCUCUUUUUGCAAUGACAGGAGUAGACUACGCUGGCCCUAUCGUCGUAAAACAAGGCACAUACAGAGCGAAGCUGAUUAAGUCUUACGUUGCUGUCUUCGUCUGUAUGACCACGAAAGCCAUACAUUUAGAGGCUGUUUCGGACUUGACUACAAGUGCCUUUUUGGCUGUACUGAGAAGAUUCAUCAGUUGUCGUGGGAUGGCAUAUCACAUCUUCUCUGAUAAUGCUACGAACUUCAAAGGAGCCACUCACGAACUUCACGAACUCUAUUGUAUGUUUCAAGACCAACAGACAAACAAAAGCAUCCAAGAAUGUUGUCAACUUCGGGAAGUGGAAUUCCAUUUCAUCCCACCCGACGCCCCAGAGCUCGGUGGCCUUUGGGAAGCGGCAGUAAAAUCUGCAAAAACCCACCUGAAACGUAUCGUAGGAAAUGCUACUCUUACGUUUGAGGAGCUUGCAACUGUUUUGGCAGAGAUUGAAGCACUACUCAAUUCAAGACCGAUGUUUGCUCUCUCUAACGAUCCAUCUGAUCCUCAAGUUAUCACUCCGGCACAUUACUUGAUAGGACGCCCGCUCACAGCACCCGCCGAACCGUCACUUGAAAACGUUAAAAUCAAUCGUCUCGAACGUUGGCAACAUUUGCAGCUCAUGCGCGAGCACUUCUGGCGAGCUUGGACAAAGGACUAUCUCGCCUCACUACAGCCAAUAAAGAAGAACUUGAAAAUGAUGCCAAAUGUUCAAUCCACUAUGAUUGUUCUGAUCCAUGACAAGAAUCAACCGCCUCUUUGUUGGAAGUUAGGAAGAAUUGUUGCUGUUUAUCCAGGAGAAGACAAUUUGGUGAGAACAGUGGAUGUUUUUAGUAAUGGUGUAGUUUACCGUCGACCGAUCACCAAGAUAUCCAUCCUUCCUAUUGAAGACAACAAACCUCUGAUGGCGACAACUGAAACCUUGAGCCGAUAA